UAAGCCAACAAACAACUCCCAUACCCAAGACCCACUACUCUUCUCCUCUCUUUCCCCAAGCCACAACAAACCACCUUAUCAAUGGCGUAGACAAGCACCCAAAUCCAAAGCAAGUCCUUGCGUGCUUGAAACCAUUGGAAUGAGGAUUUAAAUCCAAAAGAAAACCAAAACCCCAUAUCGAAAAUUCUAUCUCUUCCUGAUAUAGUAUUAGAGUGGCAGAGAUAGAGAGAAACAGGGGAAAACAGAGUAGAGUGGAACAGAGGGAGAAGAGUUUGUGUUGUCUGUGUGGUAAUGAAACUGGGGCAUUAUAGUGUGAAUUGUCAAUCUGGGAAAGGCGGGAGAGUUUCUGUUCGAGGGUUUGUUCGACUGCAUCCAUGAAAUCACGUCGGUUUUGGCUUUUUCUGCGGACAGGAUGAGCGAUUCGGCAUACAGAGUCGAAACGACGUCGCGCCUCGCCCAAUGGAGGAUCGACAACUUGGCUUCGUGCACAUGUCGGAAGUCUGAUCCUUUCAAGAUUGGCAAGUGGAAUUGGCACUUAUCUGUAGAGAAGAACAAAGUGUUGUAUGUAAAAUUGUAUCCAGAAAUCUCAAAUUUAACUAGAGAAAACCCUCCCAUUGCAUCUUUUGUCAUACAAGUGGUCUGUUCUGUGGGUGAUCGCAAAGCAUUAAUUCAUCCAGAAAUUACAGAUAAGCAGCUCAAAACAAAUGAGGAUUUUGUUUGGGGAAUUGAAGUUCCCUUGACUGGAAAGUUCAUUAUAGAUGUUGAAUUCCUUGAUUUGAAAACUUUCUCUCGAGACGGUGGAGAACCUUCUUCCAUCUGGGCUGGAGGGCAGACACAAAAACAGUCGCAUGCAACAGCUCUUGCAUCCCUCAGCCGAAUGUUAACCGAAGGCAUCCACACCGACAUUACAAUAAAUGCAUCAGAUGGAAGCAUUGGUGCUCAUCGUGCAGUUCUUGCUGCAAGAUCACCUGUUUUCCAGAGUAUGUUUUCACAUGACCUCAAAGAGAAAGAACGCUCCACCAUAGACAUAUGUGACAUGUCAAUUGAUGCGUGUCAAACGUUUCUAAAUUAUAUAUAUGGGAACAUUGGGCAAGAUGAAUUUUUGAUCCACAGACUGGCACUUCUUCGUGCUUCUGAUAAGUACGACAUCUCUGACCUGAAAGACGCCUGCCUUGAGAGCCUUUUGGAAGAUAUUGAUUCAAAGAAUGUGCUUGACAGACUCCAAAAUGCAUCUCUAUAUGAACUGCCUAGAUUGAAAGCUAGCUGCAUGCGGUAUCUUGUGAAGUUUGGUAAAAUAUUUGACAUCCGUGAUGAUUUCAAUGCAUUCUUGCUCUCUGCAGAUAGGGAAUUAAUUUCCGAAAUCUUCCAUGAAGUGCUUAAUACCUGGAAAGGUUUCUGAAGACCACAACAUCAUGAUUCUAUGUCUUAUUACGUCCAUGGAAGUGUGGAUUGUUACUUAAACUAGUGUGCAGGAUUUGCUGUCCUGAUGAUUCUUUAGUCCAUAAACUGAAUUUGUUUAUGUCUCGAUGUACAUACAUAUAUUGAUUCUCAUGACAUAGAUAAUAUCAUCCUUGUAAUAGAAACAGAUAUUCUUCAAUGAAAAGCAAGAUGUUUGAUUGAUUA